AUGAGUGCAUUCAGGGAUCAAGCAGCUCGUCGUCGAUUAGAUUUAGAUCCUCUCUCGACCUCCAUCAAUAACAAUCAUCAGUCUCUGCCUCUGACGACUCCAAUCUCAGCCGUCUCUCACAAUUCCCUGAGUACACCAUUUGGCUACAAUCCGCAGGCGUAUACACCCGUGAGCGCUGUCAGGCAGUACAACCCUCAGCAAUGGGCCUCACCUCAAGGUGUCCACCCGGAUCAUGGCGGUCAAUACCCCAGACCACAGCUUCAUGACCCAGAAGCAGUGUCGCCUGCACCACCCCCUUAUUCCCCACCGCGGAGCCAGCGUCCAGCACCUACCGAUGAACCCUCCGGCGUCAUUCCCUCUCCCGCUGCCAGAGCGAGCCCUGCAAAUGUAUAUCGCUCAUCCCCAGAAGCAUCCUCUAAUGCAGUCUUUGCUCCCACAAACAUGUACCGUUCGUCUCCAGAGCCACCUUCAAAUGCUGUCUUUCAUCCCCCGCCUCCUCCCCCAACCCGCCUGAGGCAAAACAGACCCCAGUCUAUCCAUUUCUACAGUGCUUCUUCAUUCAAUGGAAGACCUGCGCCGGACUCGCCUCUCCUUGUGUCAGAGCUCAACCGGGAGUAUGUACCCAACUCGAUGCGACCUCAGGCAGUCUCUCUCGAAGCGCAACAGUAUGAGGACACCCGUUCAAUGGACGCGGGGUCGCGGCCCCCUGCAUCGCGCAGAGCAGUUUCAACCGGGGCUAUAGACACGCCGUCAUCCUCACGAUCGCGAGGCUCAUCAACGUCGAGGUGGGAGCCUGGGAUGCCGCUACCCCCUCCUCCCCCGAAUCCGCCUCCACAAUCCAGGUCUCAGAGCAUGAAUCGCUCACUAGAACAUCCUGGACCGGAUCCUGUAGUGUCUCCUCCUACGAGACGACCAGGUCAUUCUUCCAUUCUAGGCUCGAUGUCCAAUCUGGGCCCGGUCCCGCCAACCCCUGCUGGCUGGGUCGACGAGGAUAGUUCAUCAAGAGGAAAGUCCCCAGAUAGAGGACUUCACAUGGAUACCUCGAGUAGUGGGUCGGGUAUUGGUGCUCCCGAAUCCUCCAAUUCAGGCUCCAACUCGGGGGGGAACUCGGGAGGAAACUCCACAGGCUUAACCAGAACUCGGGCGGUGAGGGGUGAGCCAAAGAGUAUUCGGGAGAGGAGGAGUGAGAGCAGAACACGUGCGGUUGAGGAACCUUCAAAUAACCCUUGGGCAGCUGCUAUCAGCCCAGCGGAUCAUAUACCUCCGCUGACAAUCCUUGGUAGACGUCCACCAGUGGCGUCCAAGACGACUCCCAGGAGCGCCAGGUCCAACAAUGCGGAAACUCCAAAAACUGGUGAGCUGUCGCAGCAUAGUACUCCAGUGCAGGGAAUGGCAUCGAGGGGAUCUACGCCUCGACCACUCGCCUCUUCGAGCCAUCCAGAAGCAGCCACCCCCCCUUUCUCCCCGAGUCAGGCCCAAGGCCUAAUGGAAGGCUCUUCUACGAUUCCUCCGAAGGCAUUGCCGACGCCUCCGCCACAAUCAAGGCCACAAUCAAGGACACUUGAAUCUCCUGGUAAAAUUCCCAACUCUGAAGUAACAAGAUUGUCGAGGCCCACGUCCCGUCAGUCCAACGCAGAACAACUAUCUCUGGUCACUCCAUCUGAUCAGUUUGCCCGCGCAGCUAUCGAGCGGCACCAAGCCUUUGCACUGAAAGAAGCAGCUGCAUCUAGCGAUAGUGAGCGCGUCCGUAUUUUUGCGGACUUUAUUGUUGCUGAGUCUCGACUCCGGCGAGAUAGAUACGCUUCUGCCAUUGACGCAAUGGGCUCAGAGAUUCUUGAGCUCACCCGAGAUCUCUUCCGCCCGUAUAGCCGUCGGAGGGGAUCGUCAGUGUCGCGCUCCAGUGGCUGGACCCCCGAAUCCUCGACGGGCGUACGAUCGCAUAGGAAUUCUAUAACGGCCAUUGGUAAACGUGAUGGAUCUCCAUCCCAGUCCCAGCCAGAGGCAGCAUCUAGUUCUGGACCUCCAUCUCCGGCGCUAGCUAGAAAUGACCCUGGUUACUGGAACAGUUACAUGCCGUCAUUAUCACCUAUCCCGAGUAUGAGUGUCAGUGAGGCGUUAGAGGGAUCUUCGAGGGGUCGACCCUCCAGUCGGUGGUGGGAAGUUAGUGAUGCCGGUUCGAUCGGCCAUCCGUCGAUGAAGCUCGAACGAUCGAAACGUGAAUCGAAAUACAUGGGCAUGCCGAAAGAGCUCCGCGAGAGGCUACAGUAUGAAGAUAGAUGUGCUUCGAACCCUGGCCUCGACGGAGACAAUGCAGCCGGUCCUAGCAACUCAGCCGCUCUGGGACCAGGUGAGUACCCGCCAGAGAAAGUAGGCUGGCACGAACAGGGUCCUACGUCACCUCAUUCACGAGUAGGAGCCAUAUCCCCUGCUCCCUUCACGCCUCAACCCCUUACGCCAAACCCAGAUCACUUAGAUGUAUCACGUCUCGUGACCCUCCCUCCGCCAUAUCCACGACACCACCCAGCCGUCAACAACAACCAUCCAGAUCUUACCUCUAUCCGUACAGCUGUUCGCAGUCUGAGUGACUUCACCGAAGUCGAAGCUACCAAGGAACGUUUCAUUCAGAACAGUGCCCGUCUCCACGAAGAACUGGAAAGCGCAGCCUCGAAGCGGAAAAGCUCGCGGCGGGUGAGCAUCCAACGUGAGAUUGAAUCAGGUAACAUGAGCUUUGCCGACGCCGCAAAGGCAGAAGCCGAGGCUGAGGUUGCCGAGCAUGAGAAGACCAAAGCGGCAAUUAAAGCCGACUUUGAAAAUUUCCAGACCCAGGUCGUAUCGCCUCUGAACGACCUUCUGCAGGACAGGGUGAAGCGCGCCACGGAACUCUUCGAGCAACUUCGCUCGAAACUCUUCGUGGACGCCCAGCAAUCAAACCCGACGUCAACCCAAGAGGAGGGCGAUGAGCAGCCGGAGCUAUUGGAGAAGUUGACACUGCUAAAGUGGAUCUUCGAGGCUCGGGAGCUGCUGCAGAAGGAAUUAUUUGACUUGCUCAGUGACCGCAACGAUCGAUACAAGGACCUGAUGAUCGCACCCUAUCGCCUCGCGGGCAACAAUGAGAAGGUCGCCGGGGCGGAGAAGUUCUUCGCCGAGGAUGCACUGCGGCGCCGGUUGACCAACGAUCAGGAGGUCCUCAAGCGUACCGAAGAGUUCAUGGACAUCAUCGAAGAGAACGUGGUGCGGGGCGUCGAGGUUCAGCUCUCGGCCUUCUGGGAUAUCGCACCCGCGCUCUCGCGUAUCAUCGACAAGAUCCCCACUAGUCUUCAUGGUUUCCAGAUUCAGAUCCCCAGCGCCGAAUACGAGGAGAACCCCUCGUACUACGAGUUCCCGAUGCAGUACCUGCACAGCUUGCUAGCGCACUGCAAGAAAAGCACGUACCAAUUCAUCGAGAGUCAGACGAACUUGCUGUGCCUGCUGCACGAGGUGAAAAGCGGGGUCACAGUCGCGAACUGCAGGUUGAUGCGCACGCAGCGGGUGGCUCAGGGAGAAGCGGCAGACGAGGUCGACCGGGAAUUGAAGGAGGUUGAGAAGGAUGAGGAGGUGAGGUUGACUGAUGAUCUGAAGGAGAAAGUCCGGUGCGUGGAUGAACAGUGGAGUAGCGCCUUAGGGACGGAGUUGACGGGCGUUGAGGAGAGGAUUGUUACCUUCUUGGUUGAACAAGGAGGAUGGGUCGAUGAUGAAUAA